GUUCGACUUCCUCCCAAUCGCAUAUCAGCAAGUUAGAGAGAGGAAGGUAAAGUAGGAAAAAAAACCCCCAGAAAAUUAAAGAACAAGAAAACUUGUCUGGGUUUUCUGGUUCUUCUGAAGGUCCGGGCAUGAACUGAGGAGAGAUCUGUUUCAGUAAGUGAUCGUGGACAUGGGUGGGAACCCUAAUUUGUGGAGCAAUAUGCAUGACGCUGCUUAUGUUCUUGGAUCUUCCAUUCCUUUCAAUCCGAUCCCUCAAAACUCCGAGCCUCGUCCUUCCACCUGGAGCCAACUCGUCUUCUCAGGAGCACCGGGAGAAGAGAAGAGACUGAGUUUUGAUCAUUUUGAAGCAAAGAAGUUGGGAAGGUGGGAAGAACAAGUUCUGAAUCCAACCCUGUCGAGAUUUCAUGUCGACGAAGGAAUAAUAAAGCAACAGGGUUGCCUGUACGGCGGCCAUGGCGGUGGUGGUGAGGAAUUUCAGGGUACUCAUUCUUCAUCUGCAGGUGGGUCAGUAGUAGCUAAUUGGUCACACAUGGCGGGUCCUGUUUCUUCUUCCCCUAGGUCGUCUUGCGUCACUAGGCUGACUAGUAGUAAUAAUAACUACAACACUGUAUGGGAUUCUUUCUCUUAUAAGAACGCCGACACUAGGAAAAAUCAUCUUCCUGCUGCAGAUCACUCGUCUGAGUGUAGCACAGCCACUGGGGGAAUCUGUAAGAAGGCUAGGGUUCAACCAACUUCAAGCCACCCUCCUCUCAAGGUGAGGAAGGAGAAGCUGGGGGAUAGAAUAUCAGCCCUUCACCAACUGGUUUCCCCCUUCGGAAAGGUAACUACCUCAUUUAAUUAA